AAAUCUCAUGGAAAUAGAGAUUUUAGUCUGGUUGCCAUGACUAAUUAUGCGAAAAGUGUAGAAACUCUAAUUUGCCUGGUUACAACACAGCACAGACAUUUCAUGUCCAGGCGAAGCUUCUCAUGUCCCUGUGUGGCAACCAUGAACAAUCGAAAGAGGUCAUACGAAAGUAAAACUUUAUCAAACUUUAUAGAUGAACUACACAAACGGAAUUCUUCACAGGGCAGAAUCAAAAGGUUUUAGUUCUCGUGUCUCUGUGAUACAUUUUAUACAAAAUAUACUUAUCACAAGCAAGACUCCUCAGAACCCUGUGCUACAAUGUACCUGAACUGCACUUACCAGUUGUAUAUUGCAAGAUCCCUCUUACACAAACUGCGCUGAUCAAAUGCGAGAAUGUUCAGGUCCCUGUGUGACAACUUACAAAAGUUACACAGAUCACCAUAAAAAGUGAAGAUCCACAGGUCCCUGUGAAAUAACAUACAUAAACCACACUGUCACAGGUGAAAAUUACCAGGUCCUGGUGCAACAAUGUGCACAAAUUACACUUAUCACAGGCGAAAACCAUCAGGUCACUGUCUUCAAACGUACUCAAAUUUCGAUUCCGUCGAGGUGGUCACGAAAGUAUUGUCAGAUGGCAAUUUUCCUGACCUAAUGAACACUGUAUAGGUACCAGGAUCACAAAAUAAGCAAUGUCACUUUUAAGCAUAAACUCGAAAUAAUAUGUUCGUUUUAUCUCCCUCCUCCACGUUUCCAUGUGUUGUUAUAUACUAUCUAAAAACUCCCCCUUUUUAUUGUUGUUUUGUAAUUUUUGUUAUCACUGUUUUAUUAGCUCAUCGCUUUCUAUUGGAUGAGGAUUUAAGUAUCGUGCAUGUUGCGUGAUCGCCGUAACAUUGAUUAACAUAAAAUGUCAUUCAGUGGUCAGUUAGAGGAAGGACGCGCGCGAGCUGCGUCCAUUAUAAGCAUAUAAAAUACCUAUAUACACGCAUAAUAAGAUAUAUCUAGUAUUGACAUUUUUAUGGUGCAUCUUAAGGUACACAUGGCUUUACAAUGGUUCAAUAGGUGUAUGACGUCUAUUUAGUAAGAUGUUCAUAUGCACAAUGUAAAAACAUUUUCUUUGACUCAAAUAAAGUCACUAGUUGAUCAAAAUUCAAUUGAAUCUACUGAGACUUUUAUGCUAUGGGUCAUUUGAGCACCGAAUUGAGAUAAUUUCUUAGAUGACUUAAUGCCCCAUACUAAAUUUGGUCAAAAUCCAAUCACCCUAAGCAUGCUGUGCAGCACGAAAAUGUCACUUAAGUACAUGUCCGCACUCACCUAGGCUGUGGAUGUUCUACGUAGACUCUUAUACUACAGGUAAUGUGAGCACCAGUUGAGAUAAUUUCUGUUAGACCUUAUAUAAGACUUGAUGUGGAUGCCAGAUUUGAUCAAGAUCCAAUCGCCUGUAUUCUGCAUGGCAAUUUUACCAGAUUCAGAUAACUACAAACAAAAACUAGAUAUGUCUGAAACAUUUGAUUUACAUAUACAUGUCAUGUAUAUAUAUAUAUACAAAAACAUUGAAAAUAUGUACACUAUACUUGCAUACUAACAUAUUACAUCUCUAGGUACAUUCCUGCUUGUAUUUUGCAUGCUAUGCUACAUUUUAACAGCGAACAAAAUUCAAUGCAUGCGCAAAGUGGCUGAUUAUGUCCAUGGCAUGCCCUUCAGAUAUCUGUAUCUUAAUUAAAAGCAUUCAUUUUUCAUUUACAGUGAUCUGUAACAAUGUCAGAAACACAAAUAUCGGUUUGUAAAAUACAAAAUAUCUUAGUUUAAAUGGGGGAAAACUCAAACGGGGCUAUAUUUUUAGUAAAGAUAUCUGUAUUUAUAGGUAUCACUUUUUUCUUUUAAAUUCCCACACACAAAUAUAUGUAAUUAAUUGGAAAGGAAAUAUAGAUCUCUAUAUUAGAUAAAUGUCACAUAUGUAUGGUUAGAUGUUGUCGUGAUAAUAUUUGAACUUAGGAUUGCCUCCAUUUUGUAUAGAUAAUAUAUUACCGUGUUAUUUAAUUACUUAAUGUUUUGUGGGGGAACAAAACAAAAUUUGAGAUGAUUAUUGACCCUAGGCGUUGUCCACCAGUUUUACAUACUUAAAAUCGAAAAUGUAUAUAUGCGCACGCGAAAUAAUUAAAGAAAUUAAUUAAACACAUUUCUUUCUAGCUGAUGUAUUGUAUAUACAAUAUACAUUUUACAAAAAUAAAAGUUCCAUUUAGUAGCAUGGUCUCAAAGGCCCGACGUCAUUUAGAGUUACCUCCCCUUUUACGUGGAUAUCGUUAAUAGAUGUCGCAGCAAUUGCCACGUGACUUUUGGAGGGUUGCUAAGGCGCCAUAUUCCAUUUGUGAAUCAACCAUGGAGCCGACGACUGAAAGUCUUCCCAAGAAAAUGAACUGUAAAAUGCGUAUUUUGAAAAAAGAAACAAUUGACAGUAUCGUCAAGGGACGCGACAUAGCGGUGCAGAUUAAGCACAUUGUCAAAGACCGACUGGGAUGUGAAUCAUCCCAACUGCAACUUAUGGAAAAGCAAAAUAAUGCUACUUUGAAAUCAUUGAAUGAAAGUGCAUCAAAUUACCCCAUGUUUGAGAAUUUCACGGAGAAGUACCAGGCUUACAUGAAAAGCUCUGUCCUGCUCCAACAGAACAUGGUUACCAAAUUACGUGAAGUUGACGGACCAUAUGAAAUGAUGAAAAGGUGGUUGGAUGCCCCCACAACCAAAACCAAGCCAGAAGAAUUGAAGAAGCAGUAUUCCAACUUUCGUGAUGACCAUGCCAGUAAACUCACACUUCUAAAAAAGGAGAAAAAGACACUGACAAAGAUACGUGGACAGCUGGAAACUUGCCAGAAGAAGCUGAGAAAUGUUCAAGCCACACUGCAGAUUACUAUAAGUAUGGAUGUAGAAGUAUCAGCUCGUGACAUCAAAGAGCAGAGAACUCUCAGAGAGCUGGAAAAGGACUUGAUCAAUCGUCUUAACAAAUCCUUCCAACAAUGCCAGGCACUUAUUAUAGAAGAAGCUGAAAGUAGAAAAAGCCUUCAAAAGGGUAUGACAAAGAUAGCAGCUGAAAUAGAGAGCUUUGACGAGGAACGAGUAAAAGUUAGCAAUGCUGCUAUGACCAAAUUUGUUGGAAUCUUGAACCAACAGGAGAUUAAUAGAAAUGAAAAAGAACAGUCAACAUAUGACCUGAUGUCUUCCCUAUCUCCAACAUUCAUUGAGGUCCAGAAGGUGUCACUGAAGAGCAAAGAUAAUGUCAUUGUCUACAAAUUUCCAGACAUUGCAGAGCAGCUUAAAAAUUUGGGAUUUUCAGAGACAACUUUAGCUCCAGAACCAGUUUACAAGCCCAUUUUGGAAUCUCAAGAAACUGUAGAUGUACAGGAUACAGAGAAUUGCUCAACACCUUCCUCAUCCUAUGAUUCAAAUGAUGACAACUGUUCCGAUGAGGAUGCCAAGAAACCUGCAAGAACUGUAGGAGGAAACAUUGGCAACCAAAAUUCCAAACAAGAGGUGGGAAAGCCAAGACAGACCAAGAAAAUAAGGAAAGCUGUAAAACAGGAUGAAAUUACUACUGUGCAGGAACUAAACAGAAAAACUUCACCAGAACCUGUUGAGCAUGAGGGAAAACGGAAACGGAAACUCCCUAGACCACCCCAAGAUUCAGAUGAAGGUGAUGCACCACCACCCUGUGUAACUCGGCAAGGAUGGGUGAAUAAUGCUGAAGAGCAAGUGUCUGUGAACAUGAUGGAACAGGACAGACCCCAGAUAGACGCAGGUCAAUACACAAACCAUGGUGUACCCCUGGAACAGUCUCGACCACUGAAAGCUCUUGUGGCACACUCUUCUUCAGAUAAUGACUACCUCCGCUUUAAAAAAGGGCAAAAACUGGUACAGACCCAUAAGGCAAAUGAGGAAGGCAUUGCCUAUGGCCACACCCGCAAACAUAGCUACGGGAGUAUCAAAUAUGGAUAUUUCAGCAUCAGACAGAUGAAAACAUGGAAACCUACAGCAAAGAAUAUUCUGAAGGAUUUAUUUUAAAUAUGUAACUUUAUAUCAUUAGAGCAAACUCUGGCUUCACAUUUCCUGUGUGCUGAAUAUGGCAGUUUGGAAAUCUUCAACAGGAAAAAAAGAUUCUCAAAAACUCUGUAAUUAGUAGUCAUUUAUUUCUGUGGGCAACAUUUGCAUCUUAGAGCAAAAAAAUGAAAGAGCAAGUACAAAAAUCAUGAAUAUAAAAGUAUUGAAUCUAAGGUGAAAUUUGGCACGACUUGGAGGAAAUCAGGAUUUCAAUUUGUACAAUUAACCAUCUUGUUUGUUGAUAAUAGCUGAGAAACAAAUCGGGGAUGUGACAGAUGAAAUGAGAUGCAUUGUUCCAAGAACGAUUUUUUUUACUUUGAAGCCAGUUGUUUUUAAAACUUGUUUGGUCAGCAACAGAAAUCUUGGAGAAAUGUUCAAAAAUGAGUUUCAGAAUAUCAAAAAAAUCAUAUUCCUUCUAUUUCUGAAGAAAAAAAGUGCCAUGUAUACAUAUAUCAUUUUUUCUUAUUAAAUCUCCAUGAAAUGUUCUGUGGGACAAGGCAUUCCAAAGACAUGAUUGUAAAGCAAUCCAAUGUUGAAACAACAAUGUACGGUCUUAGGAAUAUUUUGUCACAGGAAACAUUUGGAUUAAUUUGCUGAUAGAUAUUCAAAACGUUUUCAGUAUUGUUCUGACUUUUGCACUUUUAUUUUUUAACCAAGAUUUCUGUGAUAUACUUGUAUUUGAUAUACAUUUGACAUAUACACAUUUAUGCAUUAUAGAUGGGCUCUUGUGGUACAAGUCACUAAUAAGCAUAAUGCCUAUCGUUUUUAGAAAUGCCUUUUUUCUGUGAUAAGGUUAAAUAUGUGGGGUUUUUUUAAAGCAUUUACAGGUAUAUUGAAAAUAAUCAAACAAUUUUUUGUUUGUUUUUGUUUUGGGUAAGUUUUAUAGAAAAAGUUCUAUCUCAAUUUGUAGUCAAUUAUAAUAUUCACUGUCUCAUUGAUAUUUUGUAUUUAGAUUUGAUCAUGUCAUGAUGAAUUUAUUUACACAUGUUUUAACAAUAAAAUCGUUAGUUAACUCUU